AUGGCAUCUGUCGCUUACUAUGAGCUUUACCGUGGCAGCAGCCUUGGGCUGUCUCUCACCGAUACUCUCGAUGACCUUAUCAAUGAAGGCCGCAUCGAGCCCCAGCUGGCCAUGAAAAUCCUCGGCACCUUUGACAAGGUUGUCACCGAAGUCUUGGCCGAUAAAGUCCGAGCCAGACUCACUUUCAAGGGCCACCUCGAUACCUACCGUUUCUGCGACGAAGUUUGGACCUUCCUGAUCAAGGAUGUAUCCUUCAAGCUGGACAACCAGACAACCGUGACCGCGGAGAAGGUGAAGAUCGUGAGCUGCAACAGCAAGCGACCUGGCGAGGCAUAA